UAGGCUCAGAGCGCGGCGCGAACUUUGGAUUGGUAUCAGAGAUAACGAUCCCUCGAGUUAUCCACUUCCCAGGAUGUGCAACCUUUUAGGGUCGUGCAACUUCACUGGAUUUUUGAGAUAUACAAAUUGAAGCUUGUCAAGGCACCCCCUGUUCGCCGCCCAUAAAGAUAUCCACCCGAUUUUAAGUUAGGUGGCGGUGAGGCAGCAUGACGCGAAUCGGAGCUGUGGCCCGUGACAGAUACCAAUCCCCCCUUGAUGUCAUCUCUGGGUCUGCUAUGAUAAUCUGCACACCGAUAGGGCGCAGCACCCUGCCAUGGUUUGCGGAUCAGAGAGUUGGUCGUAUUCUAUCCCGGAUCACAUACGGUUUAGAGGGAAUGAUUUUGGACCGCAACAGUAUAUUCAACGUAUAAAGAACCCUCGUAGUACUCCAUUCGCAGCAGAGUUUCCAAUGCCUGGAUGCAGACAAGCAUGCCUUAUCGACUCCUCCGGGCCAUUCCCUGAGUUCACGGACUCCGAUAUCGUGGGCCCAGGCUCGUUGAACCACUUCGGCAUGAGUUAUCAUGAUUCCACAUCUCCACCAAGCUAUGAUAACAACCGUCACCCUCUAAAUUCGUUGGAGGAACAUCCAUGUCCUGACUCUGAUUGCCUGUCGAAUGACCAUUCGCAUCAUUACAGCAGUACCAUGCGUGCUUCGUUACCAGAUGAAUCAGCUCUCUUUGUUGCAAACUAUCUCCACCAGUUGCGCCUGAAAUUUGGGAUGGACAUGACUCUUGACCAAGCAAUUCAAAUAUGCAUUGGACAAUGGGACACUCCAGACCCAAAGCCUACGCACGCCCAGAUGGGAAGGGAUCAUUUUGUUUCGAACUACAGUUCACCUUCGACGAGCGUCCAAUCUAGCAGAUCGACUCGCCAGUCUACACCCAGCGAUAGGGUUUAUUUCAGGUCCGGUGCCAUCGCACAGACCGACCACGAGAUAUUCCAAGACGGUGGCAGAUUAAAGGUCAGGUGUUACGAAGGCUCUUGCAGCGGCAAUGCAUUAAUGAAGGACAAUUUUGUCCGGCACGUGCGUGAACAUCAUCUUGGUAGAAAGAGGAAGACAGGAGGUAGCUCUAUACAGCAUGUUAAUCCUGGAAUGAAAUGAUGGGC